AUGAAGCAUGGGUUUUCAGUCUACAUUUACAGGGGAGAAGGUGGCUGUUCUUUUGAUGAGCACUACAGCAACUGUGGAUAUAGCGUGGCUCUGGGGACCAAUGGGUUUACCUGGGAGCAGAUUAACACAUGGGAGAAGCCAAUGCUGGACCCAGCUGUGCCCACAGGAUCCUUCAUGAUGGUCAACAGCUCUGGAAGGGCUUCAGGCCAGAAAGCCCAUCUUCUUCUGCCGACCCUGAAGGAGAACGACACGCACUGCAUUGACUUCCAUUACUACUUCUCCAGCCGAGAUCGCUCAAGCCCGGGAGCCUUGAAUGUCUACGUGAAGGUCAACGGUGGUCCCCAAGGCAACCCUGUCUGGAAUGUGUCUGGGGUUGUCACCGAGGGCUGGGUGAAAGCAGAACUUGCCAUCAGCACCUUCUGGCCUCAUUUCUACCAGGUGAUAUUUGAAUCCGUCUCUUUGAAGGGUCAUCCUGGUUACAUCGCUGUGGACGAGGUCCGGGUCCUUGCUCAUCCAUGCAGAAAAGCACCUCAUUUCCUGCGACUCCAAAAUGUUGAGGUGAAUGUUGGGCAGAAUGCCACUUUUCAGUGCAUUGCUGGUGGGAAGUGGUCUCAGCAUGACAAACUUUGGCUCCAGCAAUGGAAUGGCAGAGACACGGCCCUCAUGGUCACUCGUGUGGUCAACCACAGGCGCUUCUCAGCCACAGUCAGUGUGGCAGACACCUCUCAACGCAGUGUCUCCAAGUAUCGCUGUGUAAUCCGCUCAGAUGGUGGGUCUGGUGUGUCCAACUACGCAGAGCUGAUCGUGAAAGAGCCUCCCACACCCAUUGCCCCCCCAGAACUGCUGGCAGUGGGAGCCACCUACCUGUGGAUUAAGCCAAAUGCCAACUCCAUUAUUGGGGACGGCCCCAUCAUUCUGAAGGAAGUAGAGUACCGCACUACCACAGGCACUUGGGCUGAGACUCACAUCGUGGAUUCUCCCAACUACAAGCUCUGGCAUCUGGACCCUGAUGUGGAGUAUGAGAUCCGGGUGCUGCUCACACGACCAGGCGAGGGGGGCACAGGACCACCAGGGCCUCCCCUUACCACCAGGACCAAGUGUGCCGAUCCUGUGCAUGGCCCUCAGAAUGUGGAGAUUGUGGACAUUCGGGCCAGGCAGCUGACCCUGCAGUGGGAGCCCUUUGGCUACGCAGUGACCCGCUGCCACAGCUACAACCUCACGGUACAGUACCAGUACGUGUUCAACCAGCAGCAGUAUGAGGCUGAGGAGGUGAUCCAGACUUCUUCCCACUAUACCCUGCGGGGUCUACGACCCUUCAUGACCAUCAGACUACGGCUGCUGCUGUCCAAUCCCGAGGGCCGGAUGGAGAGUGAGGAGUUGGUGGUCCAGACCGAGGAGGAUGUUCCAGGAGCUGUUCCUCUUGAGUCCAUCCAAGGGGGGCCCUUUGAGGAGAAGAUCUACAUCCAGUGGAAACCUCCCAAUGAGACCAAUGGAGUCAUCACACUCUAUGAGAUUAACUACAAGGCUGUUGGCUCACUGGAUCCAAGCGCUGACCUGUCCAGCCAGAGGGGGAAGGUGUUCAAACUCCGGAAUGAAACUCAUCACCUCUUUGUGGGUCUGUACCCGGGGACCACCUACUCCUUUACCAUCAAGGCCAGCACAGCCAAGGGCUUCGGACCCCCUGUCACCGCUCGGAUUGCCACCAAGAUCUCAGCUCCAUCGAUGCCUGAAUACGAUGCAGAUACACCACUUAAUGAAACGGACACGACCAUCACAGUGAUGCUCAAACCUGCCCAGUCACGGGGAGCCCCAGUCAGUGUUUACCAACUGGUUGUCAAGGAGGAGCGACUUCAGAAGUCCCGAAGAGCAGCUGACAUCAUCGAGUGUUUCUCUGUACCUGUGAGCUACCGGAAUGCCUCCAACCUCGAUUCUCAACACUACUUUGCUGCAGAGUUGAAGCCCUCCAACCUGCCUGUCACCCAGCCAUUUACAGUGGGAGACAACAAGACAUACAACGGCUACUGGAACCCUCCCCUCUCCCCAUUGAAGAGCUACAGCAUCUACUUCCAGGCACUCAGCAAAGCAAAUGGAGAAACAAAAAUCAACUGUGUGCGUCUGGCUACGAAAGGUGCCUCCACCCAGAACUCUAACACUGUGGAGCCAGAGAAGCAGGUGGACAACACGGUGAAGAUGGCAGGUGUGAUCGCUGGCCUCCUCAUGUUCAUCAUCAUUCUCCUGGGAGUGAUGCUGACCAUCAAAAGGAGGAAGCUGGCUAAGAAGCAGAAGGAGACACAGACUGGAGCCCAGAGGGAGAUGGGCCCCGUGGCCUCAGCUGACAAGCCCACCACCAAGCUCAGCGCCAACCGCAAUGAUGAAGGCUUCUCCUCCAGUUCUCAGGAUGUUAAUGGAUUCACAGAUGGCAGUCGUGGGGAGCUGUCCCAGCCCACCCUCACCAUUCAGACUCACCCCUACCGGACCUGUGACCCUGUAGAGAUGAGCUACCCCCGGGACCAGUUCCAGCCGGCCAUCCGAGUGGCAGACCUGCUUCAGCACAUCACCCAGAUGAAGCGAGGCCAGGGCUACGGGUUCAAGGAGGAAUACGAGGCCUUACCAGAGGGACAGACAGCUUCGUGGGACACAGCCAAGGAAGAUGAAAACCGCAAUAAGAAUCGAUAUGGGAACAUCAUUUCCUAUGACCACUCCCGGGUGAGGCUGUUGGUGCUGGAUGGAGACCCCCACUCUGACUACAUCAAUGCCAACUACAUUGAUGGGUACCACCGACCCCGACACUACAUUGCAACCCAAGGUCCAAUGCAAGAGACUGUGAAGGACUUCUGGAGAAUGAUCUGGCAGGAAAACUCUGCCAGCAUCGUCAUGGUCACAAACCUUGUGGAAGUGGGCAGGGUAAAGUGUGUACGAUACUGGCCAGAUGACACAGAGGUCUAUGGAGACAUUAAAGUCACCCUAAUUGAAACAGAGCCCCUGGCAGAAUAUGUCAUCCGCACUUUCACAGUCCAGAAGAAAGGCUACCACGAGAUCCGGGAGCUCCGCCUCUUCCACUUCACCAGCUGGCCUGACCAUGGUGUUCCCUGCUAUGCCACUGGCCUUCUGGGCUUCGUCCGCCAGGUCAAGUUCCUCAAUCCCCCAGAAGCCGGGCCCAUAGUGGUCCAUUGCAGUGCUGGAGCCGGGAGGACUGGCUGCUUCAUUGCCAUUGACACCAUGCUCGACAUGGCUGAGAAUGAAGGGGUGGUGGACAUCUUCAACUGUGUGCGUGAGCUCCGGGCACAGAGGGUCAACCUGGUGCAGACUGAGGAGCAGUAUGUGUUUGUGCAUGAUGCCAUCCUAGAAGCAUGCCUCUGCGGCAACACCGCCAUCCCUGUGUGUGAGUUCCGCUCUCUCUACUACAACAUCAGCAGGCUGGACCCUCAGACUAACUCCAGCCAGAUCAAAGAUGAGUUUCAGACACUCAACAUCGUGACACCUCGAGUGAGGCCUGAAGACUGCAGCAUCGGGCUCUUACCCCGGAACCAUGAUAAGAAUCGGAGCAUGGAUGUCCUGCCUCUUGACCGCUGUCUACCUUUCCUCAUCUCAGUAGAUGGAGAAUCCAGCAAUUACAUCAAUGCAGCAUUGAUGGAUAGCCACAAGCAGCCUGCCGCCUUUGUGGUCACCCAGCACCCUCUACCCAACACUGUGGCAGACUUCUGGAGGCUGGUGUUCGAUUAUAACUGUUCCUCUGUGGUGAUGCUGAAUGAGAUGGACUCUGCUCAGCUCUGUAUGCAGUACUGGCCUGAGAAGACUUCUGGGUGUUAUGGUCCCAUCCAGGUGGAGUUUGUCUCUGCAGACAUUGAUGAGGACAUCAUCCACAGAAUCUUCCGUAUCUGUAACAUGGCUCGGCCACAGGAUGGUUAUCGUAUUGUCCAGCACCUCCAGUACAUUGGCUGGCCUGCAUACCGGGACACACCCCCUUCCAAGCGCUCUCUGCUCAAAGUGGUCCGACGGCUGGAGAAGUGGCAGGAGCAGUAUGAUGGGAGAGAGGGACGCACCGUGGUCCACUGCCUAAAUGGAGGAGGCCGCAGUGGAACCUUCUGUGCUAUCUGCAGUGUGUGUGAGAUGAUCCAGCAACAGAACAUCAUAGACGUGUUCCACAUUGUGAAAACACUACGCAACAACAAAUCCAACAUGGUGGAGACACUGGAACAAUAUAAAUUUGUAUAUGAGGUGGCACUGGAAUAUUUAAGCUCCUUUUAGCCCAGUUGGAUGGAGAACCUGCCAGAGUCCAGAGGCUGAUGGAGCUGACCCUCUUUUUCUGUGACUGACAAUGACUGGUCUCAGGAGCUCGGAGGUGGCACACCUGCCCAGCUCCAAGAAGAAGACUGGUGGUCUCAUGUUCAGCAGUGGGCUCUGCAGCUUCUGGCAGGUCUUCUGUAGCUGUGGGAGAUGCUGCUCUGAUGGGGCCCGAGCUUCCCUGCUACACCUGACAACAUCAGACCCACAGAAGUUUGUCCACAAGCAAGGCCCUGGACUUCCGAUCCCCAGACCUCUUGCUUUUGUUCUUUCUGAGUUUGUUAAUCUCAUGGCAAGCUGACUGUGCAGGUGCUGGGGUAUGGGGAACUAGCCAGCCCUUCUCUUGCUGUCCUUAGGAGUACUGGGGUUUCAUCAUGCUAUCUUUCAAAAGAUUGUAGUUUGGAGGAUCACUGGGUUAUUGGUUUCUACAAUCUCCUACAGGGGCCUCUGGCAUGAGACACCUGCCAGUCUGGAUCAGUGUAACUUUUGGAUAACCCCUAGACCACAGCAGGGGUCCUCUUCAUCUCACACCUAACUUGUGCUGGGCUUGACUCAUAACUCCCAUCUCCAGCCAGGACUUGACCUUCUGUAUUAUCCUGACCAACCAGCUGUAUCCACAUCACACUUGGCAAAGGUUUCCUUUGCUUUUCCAUAGUCUGUAGGGGAGGAAAAUUCAUAGGAAAUGUUGCAGUAUCUUUUUAUUCUUUGUAGAAAGGGUCGCCCUCCUGGGCAGGGUUCUGGCUGGUCUGUAUAGUGUAAUCCUGUGCUUCCUAGGUGGCACUUUCUAUGGGAAAGACAAACAAGAAAAGCUUUGCAUGUUCUCCCAAGUACAUGUGAAAAGAAACUCUUAUGAGAAUACAAAAAUCCCAUAUUCUCUUAUGUCAAGAAAAAAAGAAAGAAAAGAAAAAGGUAGGAUGGCAGUUUGAAUGUGUAGCUAUAAGAUAAAUUUCUUGGGCUUAUUAUAUUUCCUGGCCAUACCCUUGAAAAGUCCCACUGAUAGCACAGCCAUUGAACAAGUGAGGUGACAUCCCUGGGAUUGGUCCCUGGUUUGGGGGAAAAAAUACUGCAACAGCUUUAUAAUUUGUCUCUCCAAAUCUGAACUCUUUCCUAAAGAAAUCCAGCUACCAUUUUGAAAAUGGCUACUGUGGCCCCAAGUUCGCUUCUAAUACAAUAAGUGGGUUUAGGCCUGUGGCUCUGAGUCUUGCCCAAAGAAUGAAUAAAUCAAGAAAAGGGAGAAGACAUUUGGGAAGCAUUUUCUGCAAGCCAAGUGCUAUGCUUAUCACCUCCCGUAUGACAUCUCAUGUAGUCUGUAGCACUCCGAGAAAGGGUUUGUAUCAUCUCCAUUUUGUAAUUGAAGAAACCCGUGCACCUUCUUUAGUGAUGGGAUUCUGGAUUCAAAAAGGCAGGUAAUGGCAAGGAAACCUCCCUGCCAUUUUCUUCAUGCUUUCUCAGCCAGGCAAUUAUUUUACGAAAGAAAAAUAAGGCUGGAAACUUCUGAGCAGAGAGAGAAUUCCAUGAGUAGAAAAUUUAAUUCUUUCUGUCUGAUACUGGUUCUUCUUGGUAGCCCAAACUUUCAGAAAUAUUUUAUUAACUCAUUCCCAGUUCCCCAGGAAAGCUAGUCUUAUCUAAUUUCUUCAUUGCUAAAAACAAUUCUCACGUUGCCUCAGGCUACAAGGGAGCCAGCCCGGGAAUCUCUCUAGCCAGGGCUGAGCCACACUAUUUGACAGCCUUAAUAGCCAGGGGUCUAGGAGGCUCUAUCUUGCAGACUGAUCUAGCCACAAAGUAUGAGGAACACAGAAUCCAAUAAGGUACACAUCUUGCCUUCAGGCCCCCUGUAUACUAGGAAAGCUGAGCCACAUUGUAAUAGUGGAACAUACAAGCAUCCAAUGAGCCUAGACAUGAGAGUAACUCACUCUGCCUAGAGCUUUCUAGGCAACAUCCAUUCCAGCUGGGUCUCAGCAGAUAGAAAAGAAAAAGGAAAUUCAAGCCAGGGGGGUUAACGUGCACAAUGGUAAAGAGAAGUGAGAAGGUAUCAAGAGGGACAGAUGGUAGGAGGUCAGCUGAGCUAGAAUGGAGCAGGACAGGGAUAAUAGCAGGAAGGUAGCCAGAGCCAGGGAGGAAAUAUAAAGGGCACAAUCAUUACCCUGCAGGCAACAAGAAGCUGGCAGAGCUCAACAGUGAUGCACUCAGUUUUAGAGAAGGCUCCUUCUGGACCAGUAGUACAGCAUCCUUUCCUUUCAUCAAACACUGUGAAAACAUCCCCCUCAGCACAUGCAUUUAAUAUGUUGCGUGUGUGUGUGUGUGUGUGUGUGUGUGUGUGUGUGUGUGUGUGUGUUCAUUAUUUUAUUGCUGGAACAAAUAAGGAGUGGAUCAUGAAACUCCGCUCUUGUGUAAAACUCUGUGUCUCUGCUCUACCAUGGAGCAGGGUCAACAGCCUUGGCCUCUAAGCCUAUGAGGACAGGACAUGAAAGGACACCAGGGAACCAGCUUCUGUUGGCAUGAGCCCAGGAUCUGUCUAGAAGUCCAAGAACACCACACUUGAUCAAGGAAGGCUGUCAUUUUGGAGGUUCAAAAGAAAACAUCUCAAAGCAAAGGCAAGGAAAGGAGUCCCAUGAUUUAUUCUUCUCCUUUGAUGGGCCUCUUACCAGGUAGAUUUGAGUAUAUCCCCAGGCCCCAGCCCCCACUGGUCCUUCUCACUUCCUAUGGCUUUUGUCUCCUAUCCCAAAUGGACUUCCCUAUAGCCUACAGGAGUCCGGAGCAUAGCCAAUCAGCAUGUCGCGUGCUAUUUCCUCAGAUUUUGGCCAAUUCCAACAGGGAGAAGGUAGAGGAAGGAUUUUUUAAUACAAAUCCAAGGAUUCAUUCUGCUGAGGAAGGGGUGAAAGAGCUGACAGAUAAAGAUGACAGUGGUCUCUAUCAUUUCAAAGGAUGGGAAUUUGAAGAGUAACUUCAGGGGAAAGGAAAUGUGUGAAAAUUCAAGCCGUGCUGAGGGAACUCACCAAGGGUUAACCCAUCCCCUUAUUUUCUCACAACACAACCACCCUGAAAGAAGUGGUCUUAGACCAGUGUACACAAAAAGAAAAUGAGGCACAUGGAUAGAAAUGACAUUCUCCAGAUCCAUGUGGAAGACAUGCAGAGGGCUUAGAUGACAUGGAAUGGUCCUAACGAAUUUAUAAGAUAUUUUCCCCCAGGAAGUCUCCCAAGAAAAUCCACCUUCCAAGAGCCUUUUCUCACCCAACUCCAUUUAUAGGGUGGGCUCAGCUUUACAUGAGCAAAGGAAAGGUGCCAAAGAGAAUCCUCACAUAGCUAAGGUCUUCCUAUUGGUCUCUACUGGAAUCUAAAUGGAGAAGAUGUACAGUAUAAAUGAGAUACUCUGAACUGCCCCCACUUGGGUGUGUUUAUGGCCUACAUGGCUUUAGGUUGGAUCAUAGCUGCAUCUCAACAUCAAGUUCUUUUAACUCUACUGAUAGGAUUAUCGUGGAUGACGUAGGAACCUGUCAGCCUCUAGACAGCCACAACAGGCCCCCUUUUAUAGGAAUAAGAGGCCACUUGCUUCAGGUGUUAACCCUCACUGUGGGCCUGAACAAUCAAUGACCAGCCAGAUAUCACCUACUUGUGGAACCAGCAGACUGCUGUGGACUCUAAAACAUGAGGUGACUCUUCCAACAUUCCUGAAGUAUCUGUGACUAUGGCCAUCACUACUUUACUGGUGAGGAAACAAAUCUAGAGAGAGAACUCGCUUACCCAUAUAAGCAAACUUGACCUGAUUUACUGAACACAGAGACAAUAUUCUUCCACCAUAGUAUCUGGGAUUUUCCCACGUGAUUACUCUUAGCAAGAGAGACAAGAGUGAAACUAAUGACUCAGAAGAUACUGGUAAAGCCCAGGGAAGACAACGGUCAGCUGCAAAUUCCUUUAGUGCCUCAUGUUUUACAUUCAUGAUAUAUUUGAAAUCUAUUUGCUAGUUUAUUCUCAGUAGUUUAUGACUGCAUAAAUAUAUAUAUUUUUAAAUCUGCCUUUAACUCAUGCAUCUCUCUGAUGGACCUUAAGGAAUGAUAUCUCGUCCAAGGCAUGGCACCUGGCCAUGCUUUUUCCUUCUGAGGUCAAUUCUAAACUUAAGUUCACACCAACUUAUAGUUCCCCAGCCACAUUCACUGCUGUGGGGGUAUCCUGAGUACACCUGAGAUUCAGCUAAGGUCUCUUCUUCUUACAGAGGGCUCUGCAAGAUACCCACUGACUGACUAGAAUAAUGAGGACUUACCUGCCUGGCAUGGGGAAGGUUGAGCCCAUGAAACCCUAAAGACAAAGGAGAUGCCAGAUGCAGCCUUACUCAGAAGAUCCUUGAAUGCUGAGCAGUGCCUAUUGUCUUAGUAAAGUCUUAUGUCUUCUGAUGUCAGCAAAUCUUAGGACACAUGUUACAGGAACAUAUGGAAUCUUAAACACCCUUCACUUUAAUUAGCUCCGUACAACCCUUGGGUUCCUAUAGCAUUCAGCACUCCAGACAGGUACCACUAGGAAGUACAGCUCACUAUAUACACCAUGGUAAGUAGAAUAAGAGCUUUAUCUUAGAUUUGAACUUCAACUUUACAAUAUUUCAGAUUAUAAAAUAUCAGGCUAAACAGUACUUUGGAAAGGGAACAUGAGCAAAAAUCCUUGGCCAGGUUAGAAGGUGUUAAUCUGGAAGGCUAGGGCAGGAAAACAGGAAGGCAAAUUGAAAUUCAGUGUCUCCUCAGAAGCCUGGAUGCUUAGGGGAUGUGUAGCUGAGUGAUAACCUAAAUGACAUGAGGCUAGAAUAAAGAAAGCCACCCUUCAUUAGCCUGGAGCUGGCCACCCCUGCUAGCCAAACAGGUCCAGCACCAAGCCAAAACAAAUUCCAUACUGCAGAUGAUAUGUCUAGAUCCAAGGCUAAACAUGAAUGGGAUGCUGAUCUUAUGCCAUAAGGUCAACAGAGUAUACUGAGCCAAGAUCCCUAGUAAGGAGUCACCAACCCAAAACAAUAGACAAGCCAAAAGUUAAAACGGACAUAGAAAUGUCAUCUCAAAGUCCUGGCUUGCCUUUCCCAUUGACCAAUCAAUGUGAGGCCCUCCUUAGCCUCUUACCAGCUCCAACUCCUAGUCAAGCAUAGCAGAAAAAUGGAAAAAGUAAAUUCAAUCAUAGACCAACUGAUUCAGCCUUGUUUGUAUGGGUGCCCUGUGUAAGGUCAUCUCUAGGUACAUAUCAAAAUAUCAAAAAUUAUGCAACUCAGAGCCUUUACUUUACCUAACAUGGUAUCAUGUUUGAAAUCCUAUCCUUUCUGAAUGAGACAGAGACAGAGACAGAGAGAGUGAGAGAGUAUGUGUGUAUGUGUGUGUGUGUCAGUGGACAGUGGGGGAGAGAGAUAAUAGUUUAAACUUGAGUUUUCUCUGACACAUAUUUCCAGGUCAUGGAGCUGAUCCUCAGAACACAGCACAAAUGUCUCUGUCAUAUCUAUGUAUGAAAAUAAGCUCUUUCAGUUUCUUGGUAACCGUGGAUAGACUCUUGCACAACAGUGGCUAUAUAACUGUAUUGUGGAGACCAAGACCAUCUCUUGCAUAUCUCCUGUCAACUUCCACAAGGGGUGGAAAAGCUAUCAAAGGGCCACAUUCACCCCUAAAAUCCAUCCAUGAAUAUUAGGUGUCCAACAGGUGGAGUCAGUAUUCACAUUGAUAGCCCCCCAAACCAAACCUGGUACCACUUUACCUGGCAUGGAUCCACCUAAGAGCUUAGUGGUAGUCCAUUGUAGCUGGUACAGAGGAUAGGCAAAGAUCAGGAUGGAAGACAUCUACUAGAAAAGAGUUUGGGAGAUGGUUAACCAUGAGGCUUCCUUCUAGAUCUGAGAGCCACUCUAGGUGGUAAAAUGUAGACUCCUGUUCUUCAUUGGAAUGUUCAGAGAAUGAAGCCUAGGGGCCUUGGAAUAUUGGACAGCAAAAUAAUGGUAUGAGAUUCGGGCUACCUAAUGCAGGUCAUGAUACUUCAGUGAGAAUGAUUUCUAGGGGUUUUGUAAGCAGAUUUGUGUUAGUCUAGAAAAAUGUCAACCUCCUGAAGGGACAGGCAGGAUACUAGUAUCCAUAAUCUUCAUAAGACUGCAGAUGCUUGGCGUCCAGCAGAGUUUGCUACCCUGCUUAUUCCUAUGAGGGGGUGCUAAGAUGAGUGAGGAAACAGUACCUGUAAGAAAGAACUUGAUGACUGCCAGAGAGCAUAGAUGCCCAUUUCAGCAGCUUCCUAUCAGAAGCUGGUCUUCUCCAUCUGCUGACUUGAAGUGAAGAAGCAGCAUUGCUGUGAUAGACUUCGGGUCACUUUCACCUUCGGUGGGCAAAUCCUUGCAGAGUAAGAGUCAUGUUUGAACUGGUCCCUGUAAACUGCAAGCUACACAGGUCAUGCUUGGUUUGUGAGGAGGAACACCCCUGCUUUUCCAAUCAAGUCUUCUACUUAUAGCAAUCAAAAGACAGCUCUAAUUGCAUAUCCUAGCCUUAUCCAGGAUGAUUCUCACCAGUCACAGGGAGCGGCUCCUUGGCCAUACACUUGAUGCUUACUUCCAUCUCUGAGAAGGGCAGCCAUCACCUAGACUCACUGGCUGUCAAAGCCCUCAAUGAUAGCCAGAACCAAUAAAAAAUCCCGGCAGGAGUCAUAACAGGACUUCACUUCUUGCACACUAACUCCAAAGGUUAAUUCAGCCCUCACUCCCUACUCAAGGCCUGUAGGAAAAGAUUUCAAAAGCACAGUGAUGCUCUUGGCACCCAAUCAUAGUCAUUUCCAGUGCAUAUAGUUUAUCGCCAACUGGAUCUUGGGAUAGCCCAGGUUAACUCAUGUUUGUAAUCAGGCUCAAAGCCACAUUCUAUCUUCUCUCUUCACUCUAUAUCUCAGUAGCCAAUCAAAGGUACAGUCAUAGCUUCUAUGGUUGCCUUGGCUACUGGAUACCAGUACAGCUCUCAAUGGGCUUUCAUAAGGUUCCCAGUCUACACUAGGGAGGCUGAAAUUUUCAUAGCCAUGUGGCAUAUGAUAUAACAUGACACCAAAGCCUCCACACUGUUUGAAGCCUCCACAUAUCCCAAUGGCCUGCACUUGUACAGUUUGGGUGUUUGAUAGAUAAAGCACUUAUGAGAAGAGAAAACAAAAUAAAUCAACUUCAAAAAAAUAAAGCCAGCACUGUGCUGUCGAUGUUCUUUUGUUUUUGUUUUUUUGUUGUUGUUGUUGUUGUUUUCCUUUUUCUUUCCAGUUUUAGCUUCAAAAAAACAGAAGGUAAAUAAUGUCAGGUCAAUGAAUAUCAGAUAUAUUUUUUGACUGUACAUUAAAGUGACGUGUAAUCUUUUUACACCUGCAAGUCCAUCUUAUUUAUUCUUGUAAAUGUUCCCUGACAAUGUUUGUAAUAUGGCUGUGUUAAAAAAAAUCUAUACAAUAAAGCUGUGACCCUGA